CAUGAUGACAGUUGCACAAUCAGAAUCACCUUGCGAAAGCGAUGUUUUGAUUGAACUUUGAUUUUUAAAUUAUGUGCCUAAUUAACUUGUCCACUACAGUGUUAGUGACAAGUCACUUAGAUAGUCCCAACCCAAUUUGUUUAUACAAUAAUUUGAAUAAUUGGGUGCAAUUCAUGACAUAACCUUAAAGCUACAAACAUCCUGUUAUAAUUUUAUGUAAGUUAUACUUAUACAAUAAUCGGUGUCGGAAGUUAUUGAAAAUGGAAAACGAAGCGAAAACCGUUAUACGUGUCGGUUCAAGGAAAAGCGAGCUGGCACUUAUACAAACAAACUUUGUAAUAGACAGCUUGAAGAAAGUACAUCCAGAGAGAGAAUUUACUAUUGUAACCAUGACAACCCUGGGAGACCGUAUUCUAGACGUGUCCCUGCCGAAGAUCGGCGAGAAGUCUCUCUUCACCAAAGACCUGGAAGAUGCACUGAGGAAUGACACGGUGGACUUUGUGGUGCAUUCAUUGAAGGAUCUGCCGACGUCUCUGCCGGAGGGGUUGGCUAUUGGAGCAGUGUUUGAAAGGGAAGAUCCUAGAGAUGCCUUAGUUCUCAGAGAAGACCUGAAAGAGCACACAUUGGAGACCCUGCCAGAAGGCUCCGUCAUUGGCACUUCAUCUCUCCGCCGCACGGCGCAGCUCCGCGGGAAACACCCACAAUUGUGCGUCCGUGACGUCCGCGGGAACCUUAACACUCGUCUUCGAAAACUGGACGAAAACGGCGAAUACUCGGCGCUGUUGCUGGCCGCCGCUGGGCUGCAACGGAUGGGGUGGAGUAACCGGAUAUCUAAGAUCCUACCGUGCGCAGAAAUAAAAUACGCCGUAGGGCAGGGCGCGUUAGCUGUCGAGUGUCGCGCCGACAACGACGCCAUUUUGUCGUUACUGGCGCCCUUCAACCACGCCGAGACUUACUGCAGGAUUCUGGCAGAGAGAAGCUUUCUUAAGACACUCGGUGGAGGCUGCAGCGCACCCGUCGGCGUAUCCACAAGACUGAAGCCGUUCGACGCACAAUUCAAACUAACCAUAACCGGGGCAGUGUGGAGCCUGGAUGGCGCAACCACCAUAGAGCAUUCCCUCGAACAAACCUUCCCACAGAUAAGGAAAACGGUCAAGCACAAACUCAGCCCGGACGAAACCGAAAAAACCGGUAAAAAACUCAAAACGGACGUCAGUGACAACCCUAAUCACCCCGAAGAAAUAAACAGAAGAAUAACGGAAAGGGCGGGAAAUUUAAACUGCGAAGACACUAGAAGUUUAGAGGAGAUACUGGCUUUAAAAACGCCUAAGAUUUUUUGUGGGUUAAUAGAGAACUCAAAUAUGCCUAUAGAUGUUAUAGAGAAAUGUGAUGAUUUGGGUAAGAAUUUGGCUGAAUCUCUUAUUGCUAAAGGCGCGUUAGAAGUUAUGAAGGUAACGCAGGAUCUUAUUAGAAGCUCUACUGUUGUAAAGUCCUGAUUUUUGGUAAUUUUUUUAAUGGUCAAUUUGGUUGUUUACAUUGGUUUUUACUCCAUAGACAAAAGACUUAUAUGUGAUAUAGAACCUUAUUUACAUGCACUAAGUUUGCUAUUACAAUGCUAGAUUUAUGACAAUCACCGGCCAUAAAUAGUGUGUAGAAAAAAUAUAUGGCCUGUUGAAAGUAUACUCUGUCAAGCUAUUUCCGUCAGUAGAAAAGAACGGUAAAUUUAAAAAAUGUAGACGCGAAAGGUUAUAGUCCCAUAGAAAAUUUGAAUUUCGCGCCUUUUCUACUGACAAACAUGUUUGACCGGCUAUUAGGACUUUGUUAGUUAUCUUUUUGUUACACGGUUUUGAAAAAACAUGUAUGCAAUAAAUUAUAUGAAUAGGUAUGAUGUUCGAAAUUCAGAGUUUCUGUAUUUUAAUCUCUGUUACUCCAUUGCAAGAUUCAGAGGGCCUACCGCUGCCUCUCUGUCGCACUUGUAAAUUCGUACGUAAGUGUGUCAGGGAGGCAACACGUCGAAUGUGCUUCGCGGUCGGCCCUCAGACGGAGUUGCUAAAGCGAGUGAGUUAUAUUGCUUUGAUUUUUUUUUUAUAUUUGUUAGCUUAUCCAAUCAUGUUGGCGGGUGUGUGACAUUUUCUGUCAAACUGUCGACAACGGAAUUAUUGAAAAAUUGUACAUAUACUGUUGUACUUGUUAUUUUAUUAUGAACAAAUAGGUUUAUAUAUACCAGUAUAAUUAGUAGAUUUAUGUGUACUUAUUAUGAUGACAUAUAUUGUUGAAUUUUAAUUUUACUUGUUAAAUAUAAUGGUGACUGAUGUGGG